AUGUCAAGAAUGCUGUCAAUUCGCGAGAAUUCUCUCCACCACCAGCUGUAUAGAGCGAUUGUUUGCAAGGAAUGCAAAGAUAAAGCUCAAAACAUUCCUAUUGUUGCUGACAAAGCUUAUGAAAAAACAGUUCUGACAGUUCAACUCCAAAUUGGCGGAGAUGACUGUAAGAAGAAGGGAGCGCCAUGCUGCACCCAACACAAAGAUGCUGGAUGGGUGCAUCGUCCGGCAGUUUACAUAUGCUAUGAUAAUUCGGUGGUACUAUGUGAAGAAUGCAAGUCUGCGAUUUCACCAGACCAACUUGUGUUUGAUAUCAAAUGUCUUUCAAAUUAUUAUUUGGAAACUCUCGGCCUCUUCAAAAAAGACUUGAAAGAGAGCCUCAAAGUUCUAACUGAAAAGUUGGAUUUGUACAAAAGAGCUCUCCCAUCGUUCGAUUUGAAGUCUUGGUAUCAUGAAUGGGCUCAGCGACAACUUCGUCAUCUUGAUACUGCCGGAGAUUACGUCACGGAUCCAGUCGAGGAUCUAAACAGCAUUUGCAUCAAAACAGGUGCUAGUAUUAUGGCCGUCACUGGACCACUCGAAUCUAGAAUUCAACAGAUGAAAGGUCUUUUGAAAGACGUGGAGAAAGCGCUGUUGAUGGAUGUGAUAGAGUUGGUUGCAAGAAAAGAAGUAUUUCAGAGCUUGAACAGCCGGAAAAGUAACAUCAAAACUUUGUACCUUCCUGAUGUUCAAGGACCACUAUAUAAAUACUUUCCUCUACUAGAUGAGCAGAGAAGGAGUAUCUAUUUGCAAUACAUUCGCAAAAUCGAAAUCUAUGAUUUCUCAAAGGAAAGCCAUAUCUCAAAAGGGUUCACCGAAUGGCUGGAGACUAUGGAGCACACAACUAAAAUAUGUGACGAUUUGUCAGUUCGAUUGCUGGAGAAAACCGAUGGCAGUUGGACGAUCAUGAUGAUAACCGAUAUUGUCAAUAUCACGCAAUUUGAAACAGAAGAUGGCGAAGGCGACGAGGAAGAAUGUGUUAUUUUUUCACAGAACGAAAAACGUAGAAAAAAUGUGCAAUUUUUGGAGAAGACGGACAAGUAUAAGAUCAAGUGGGACCAAUAUGAUCAUCCCCACGAAUACAUUGGAGAGAACACGAUUAGUGUUGAGGACAGAACGGAAGCAUAUAAAAAACUGAUGUUCUAUCUCAAUAAAAAUUACGGAUCUGAUUUAGACUACGAUGGGGUUUUGGAGAAGUACACCAAGUAG